AUGGCCGCUAACAUCACACCUGGUACUCUCGGUGGUACUGCGCCGAUCUCUUAUCCGCAUUCCGGGAGUUUGGGCAAUCCUCCCGUCGUCUCCGUCGUGCAGGCUGCUAAUAGUAAUCCCGGGACCAUGAUGCCGAGUCUCCAUGUCCACGAGCCCGCCAACGUGUCCCCUGAAAGGACACUCUACGGUAGCGGGACUCUAUGA